CACAGCCAUGCUUUCCUAGAGAUGAAGGUCCUAUUCUGCCCAAGGAAGCUCACUCAAGUUGCGGAUAGACUAGCUCGUGAUGGAAGAAAAGACAAUCUAGAAGUGAAUGUAACUAGGCACAUCCCCAUCCCCCCUAGUUAUCUUUUGAACAUUUGGGACGAAUUUGUACUAAGGCUUCAAGCCACAAACAUUUAAGUAUCUAUGCAUCCAUAUUUCACCAAAAAAAAAAAAAAAACAUACUUAAAGAUUAACAAUCAUCCAAACUUCAAUUCCACAUUAUUGAGAACCUCCAUUAUGCAUCCAUAUAGAUAAACUCAAUGCUAAAUUUGCUUCUUAACAAGCUAUCUCAUUCUAUAUACUUUUGCUGAUUUGGUGCUUUCCAAGUGAAAAAACAAAAACCCCCAUAGUACACACACAUACACUUUGAUAUCGACAACAUUUGACCCCCAUCAAUCCCCCUCUUAAGUGUCCCCCUCAUCAUUAAUUUCCCACAUAUUUUACCAAUAACAUAAAGUUGGAAAUUUUUUCAGUACCAAUCAUUCCCCACUUAACCCAUUUGAAGUGUUGAAUUGAACUUAUUUUCUUGGGAAAACAGAAGGAAAGAAAGUGGCCUGAGAAAAUGGAAAUCGAAGGUUCAUUAUUUGAGACAACUGAGAUGGCAGCAAACUUCUUGGCAUCAACAAGUCUACUACUUGACUCAUGGAGAGUAUGCAACCUUGCAAACUCCCCUGCUUCUGGAGCUUUUGUUGUUCAACAAAGCGGGCCCAUCGGGCUCAUUGGCUUCUCGGGCCUGCAUGAUCUCGGGCUCGGCUCGGGCUCGUAUUUGAAGGACAUGGUUGUUAUUCAGGAAGGUGAUGGCAAUGGGCUGUUUUCCGGGCUUGGUCGCCAUGUGGAUGAUCAUGAGGAGCCUGUUAUGGUACAUGUUGGACUCUUGCAGCUCUUCUUACGCAUUCAUGGCUGCCCUACUUUCCAAAUUCAGAUGAAAACACUAGUAGAACAAAGCAAGUCAAUAAUACUCACAGGACAUUCCAUAGGGGGAGCAAUAGCAUCACUAACAACACUAUGGCUACUCUCCUACAUCCAAACUAUCCCUUCACCACCAGAAAUUCUCUGUAUCACCUUCGGUUCACCACUCCUAGGCAACAAAUCUCUCUCGAAAUCGCUCCUACGACAAAGAUGGGCUGCAAACUUCUGUCAUGUAGUGCUUAAACAUGAUAUCAUCCCAAGGCUUCUAUUUGCACCCUUAAUCCCCAUUAAUACCCAGCUACAUUUCUUGCUUCAGUACAUUCAAUCAUCAAUAGCCUCUCAACCAGGGCAAAUAGAAGUUGAUGUAACUGAAGAAAUGAAGGAUGAGUUGUUUAGGUUUGUACUGAUAUAUACUGAGGCGACUGCAAAAGAAUCAACAGAAAAUAUGAAGAAUUCUUCAGGGUUAUUCUGGCCAUUUGGAAAUUAUAUGUUCUGUUCAGAAGAAGGAGCUGUCUGUGUUGAUAACGCGGUUUCUGUUGUGAAGUUGCUGCAUUUGAUGCUUGCAACGGGGAGCUCGAGAUCGUGUUUCGAGGAUCAUCUGAAGUAUGGUGUUUGUGUAGAGAGAAUGUCUUUCCAGUUUCUUAUGAGAAAAGGGUUUAUGCAAGGAGAUGUUCCUAUGUCAAGUUAUGAAGCAGGAUUGAAACUGGCAGUGGAGUCUUCAGGAUUAGCAAACCAGGAAUCAGUUUCUAAACAAGCUGAAGACAGCCUAAAGAUGGUGAAGCAAAAUGGCACAACACCUAACCUCAACAGUGCAAAACUAUCUAUAGCUCUUUCCAAAAUAACACCUCACAGAGCACAGAUUGAAUGGUACAAAACAUCCUGCGACGUUUCAGACAAUCAAAUGGGGUACUACGACUCCUUCAAGCUAAGACAAGCGUCAAAACGAGACAAUCAAGUUAAUCUGUUCAGAAUCAAGUUAGCUAGUUUUUGGGAUAUUGUUAUCAAUAAGAUUGAUAACAAUGAACUACCUCAUGAUUUUCACAAACGACGGAAAUGGGUGAAUGCUGCUCAUUUUUAUCAGCUUUUGGUUGAGCCAUUGGAUAUUGCAGAGUAUUACAGAAGUGGUGAGCACUUGAAGAAAGGGCAUUAUAUGAGAUAUGGCCGAGAGAGAAGGCACGAGAUUUUCGAUAAGUGGUGGAGGGAAAACGAAAAAGUUAAGGAAGAGAACAAGAGGAGCAAGUUCGCGAGCUUAACACAAGAUUCAUGUUUUUGGGCACAUCUUGAGGAAGCUAGGGAGUUACUUGAGGAGGUCAGAAAAGAGAGAAGCUCAAACAAUGUGGCUCUAUGGCAAGGUAUGAAUGAAUUUGAGAGAUAUGCAGAAAAAUUGAUAGAGAGCAAGGAGGUUUCUUCUGAUGUCCUGGCAAAGAAUUCGAGCUACAGCAUGUGGGUAGAGGAGGUCAAAGAAUUGAGAUUACAGAUGCAGCAAUUCCCUCAGUUGCCGGGUAUAGUGGAUGUUGAAAUGGUUCCUAGGUAAAGCUGCUCAUGCAGCUGAUCCGUCCUAUUGGGAUUAAAGCUUUGGCAUUGUUGUUGUCGUUCUAUCGUCAGAUGGGCAGCCCACCUAGGUAGUUGCAAGUAAGUAUACACAUAAAAGAGAGAAUAGGCAAUCUUCCUUUCCCUUCCCUUCCCAUUGUUACUCCCUCGAUCGUUCUCUUUACACAAUCUUCAAGAGAAGCCUUUGAUAUAUAUCUAAAUCUAGUUACAGAGUA